UUGGAGAAUCUGAGGGCUAGAUUUGGCCUUUGGGUUGGGCUGGCAAAGGCCUUAGUCAGUUUGGCACAGGCUAGGAAGAGAGAUGGCUGUGCUGAAUGCACGCAGUGUCCUGGUGACUGGGUCCAAUCGGGGUAUUGGCUUUGAGCUGGUCAAACAGCUGGUUGGGAAAAGCAACCGGCCAGAAUGGAUCUUUGCCACCUGCCGGGACCCAGAGGGACCACGUGCCCAGGAAUUGAAGAAUUUGGCUGCUAAGCACCAGGGAGUAGAGAUUCUUGCACUGGAUACUUCCGAGCCAUCUAGUGUCAAGGCUGCUGCAACCCGAGUCACAGAGGGGUUGAAGGGAGCUGGGCUAAAUCUUCUGAUAAACAAUGCUGGGAUUUUAAAGCUACGGACUCUGGAAACAGAGACACCAGAGAGUAUGGCUGAGGUAUACAAAACCAAUGUGAUUGGUAGCAUGUUGGUGACUCAGGUAUUCCUGCCCUUGCUGAAGAAGGCAUCCCAGGAAAGUCCCCAGAAAGGGAUGAGCUGCAGCAAAGCUGCCAUUAUCAAUGUAUCCAGUGAAGCCGGUUCCAUUAAAAAUGUCCUUGUAUGGAGUGAAGGGCAAAUCAUUGGUUACCGUUGUAGCAAGGCUGCUCUGAACAUGCUCACCCGGUGCCAGUCUCUGGGGUAUGCCAAAGACAACAUCCUGUGCAUUACAUUGCAUCCUGGGUGGUUACAGACAGACAUGGGAAAUACAUUGGGGCAGCCCCCACUGACUGUGGACUACAGUGUGCAAGAAAUCCUGAACACCAUUUCCUCUCUCUCUGAGAAAGACCAUGGCACAUUUGUGAACUUGGAUGGGAAAGUCCUUCCCUGGUAAAACACCAAACAACCUGCUUACCGUAUCUGCACUGCAGAAGGAACCCCUCACUACCACAUGCAACAUAAACACAUGAGAAGACAUGCUUUUUUUCCUUCUACUUCUUUAAAAAAAUACAUAUUCAGCUGAAACUCUCACCAUCUAGCCUUCCUUUGAACUACUCUGUGUAAUGAGGUUAAUUCAUAGUGACUUUUGCAGUCUCACUUGCUUAUAUUUCUUUUUAACAGUGCAAGUCAUCUGUUAACUCAUUUAUUCACACUUUCAAGAUAUAGGUAGGUAUCAAGGGUGCUAGUUAGCCUCCACUGCACACAUGUUAUGGAUGCUUCCAAAUGUGGGUGACCUAGCAACAGCCAGUGGUUGCUGUUCUGCUUCAAGCAAAAGGCAGAAUAACAACUAUUCUCUGAGAUUGCUGGAAUCCAAAUAACAUUGUCUGGCUGAGUAGAUAGUCUCCUUUCCCCCAGCCUCAAAUGUUUGGAAAGGGUUAUUUUGGUGGACUAUGGCAUGUGGAGGCCAAACCAGUCAAUGGGGCAGUCUUCCUCUUCCCCCACCAAAGCAUUUGAAGGGUCACAGCUAGAGAUUUGCUAUAUCUAAUGCAGAUAUUUGGAGAAGUGCUGAAACAGCUCAGCGGCAGAGCCUCUGCUUUGCAUGCAGAAGGUUCUAUGGUCAACCUGAUUCCUCCAAGAAUAUAGAAUCAUAGGAAUGCCCCUAGUCUGAAAACCCAGAGAGCCUCUGCCAUUCAGUGUGGACAAUACUCAGCAUGAUGGACACAGUACUGUAUACCGCAGCUUCAUUCCUAUGUUCCUCCCUCAGGGGCUGGCCGGCUGUUUGGCAGAGGGAGGCAGAAAGUAAACAAAGCUAUGUGAGCCAUUCUUUCUGCGUGCCCUGUGCCCUCUAAGCUAACUUGGUGCCCUCAGAUGCAUGUGGUGGUGAACUCUGUCUCAUCCUUAGUGUUGAAAUAAGAGUAACCACCCAUAUGAUUGGCUUUUGUACACUGAAUGGGGGAGGUACCAUCUUUGCCUCAGGCAGCAAAAUGUAUUGAGCUGACCCUGCACUUCCUUCACCCCUAGUGUGGUCCCUAUCAUGAUUUGGAAUCCCUUACAGAUGCAACAAGACUGAGAAGUGCAUGUAAAGGCAAUUCUGUUUGGAAAGGGAGGGGUUAAAGGGAUAGAGUUGAUUCUUAGGGCUCAUCCAUACCACAACUUAAAAUCCACAUUGUUCUAAACCCAUUUUGUUCUCCAUAACCUUUUGUGCUUCCCAGGGGUGGGGGAAGGGGGCUGUGGUGGAUGCAGACCAUCCCGGGCAUCACCACUGAGGGGAUGACAAAAUGCUGGGCGGCACUCACCACAGGGAGCGCGCCCAAUCCACACAUCUCUCCUGGGAGUGACACGGUGGCUUGGGCACGUGCAGGCUCCGCCCCACUCAAACGGUCCACCCACUGCCUCCCCCUCAGCUGUAGGGUAGCUGAGUGGGAGGAGGCAGGCCCUGUGGUACAUCCCGCCCCUAUGGGCAGCUCGCCCCACCUCUGGGCACACUGCCCCAGGCGCCUGAGUGGCUUCUUCCACCACUGGUGCUUCCAUACUGUCAGAUUUGUUAAUGCUCUGUGAUUAUCUAUUAGAGAGGAACACACACACACACACAGAGAGAGAGAGAGAGAGAGAGCGCACAUGUAGCCUACUGCAUUUUUCUUAUCCCACCCAUGGAGUGCAAGUACUUUGCCUUGAGUACUUGAAUGACAGUAUCUAGGAAUGAGGCUCUGUUUGCAAGAAAGACAGGUCAUUUGUUCUGUUAAGACAAUGCAGAUUAUGCAUACUAUUCCCUUUAUGCUCACUGGGAUCAGGAAUCAGGUGAAUAAGGGCUAGCGUGGCAAUGGGCAGAAGUUAUUGUGUGCCACAGGUAAGAAAAAGGUGGCAACCAUGCCAGCAGCUGGAAAAAGGAGAAAGUGAAACACAUCAGAAUGCCAGAAAACAGUGCCUAUAUUUAUAGUUGUUCACUUCUAGGCUAAAUAUAUAUAUAUUAAACAACAUAUCAACACAUUUACAGAGUUAUGCAAAAGAAGCUGCAGAAACCAGCAACCCUCUCCCCCCACGAAAGAAAACAGUAAGCCAUGAGGGGCUUCUCUUGAUAACUGCUGUGAACAGCAUCAACAUAAAAAACUAAUAAUUAGGCAGAUCAAAUUUAGAAUGGGUGAGAGUGGGGAAUGGGGUUAGGUGCAUGGAGGAGUUUCAAGAUGGGAAAAACUGGGAUAAACAAAGAGCAGCAGGAUAUGUGCCUACCCAAGAAUCAUUUGAUUUUUAAAACCUUUCCACGUUUUUAACAGGUAGUGAAAAAUUGGAUUUGAGAGGAGGAAAAAGACAAAAUGUCAGUUUUUCAGUAAGAACAUCAUAUGGUUCAUGCAAAAUUGUUGAUGGUACAAAUGGAGAACAAUACAGAUUAAGUGGCAGUAUAGAUGGGCUCCUAGAGAGCAGGGCCAGACCACAGAGAAGGCAAUAGCUGCUGGAGUAAACUGGACAGGCCAUAGCUAGCUGUAAAAACUUUUGGACGUCCCUAUUUUCAUCAGAGAAAUGUUGGAGGGUAUGUGUAUAGUUUCUCCAUUCAGUUUUCUUGACUGAUCUAUGGUUUUGACUUGGUUCUCUGUUAGUGAUUCACAUGCCGGCACUGCCCUUAGAAGUAAUUUCUCUACACCUCUACUAGAUUAUGGUAGAUUGAUAUUGGAGCCUCAAAUUGCCAAUUUCACUCCAAAUUUAUGUAACAGCCUGGGAAAUUUAUGCAAAUUUGCACAACCUUUAUGUAGACUUUUAUUCCCAUAUGGGCUUAAUCAGGUGAACAUACAUUUAGUAAAGCAAAAUUUGUAAAGCAUUGCCCAAGGCAGGCUUUGCCAGCUUGGUGCCCUCUGUCAUGCCACACAUGUACCCUCAGCAAUGUGGCUCCUGGCACCACCCACAUUUUCACCUCAACUCUCCAUACCACUUUGUCAUUCCCUUGGCCCAGAGCUGCGUUUCUGACAGGUAUGUCUAAACUCCCUUUGUUCCUACAACAGACACUCUGUACCUGCAUAUUUCCCACCUCUAAUGUAGUCCAUCAAUUUAUUAAAGCAGAAAUAUUAAAAGCCUUUAUGAUCAUUUAAUGUAUGGAAGAAUAUGGUUUCAGUUUUGUCUGAUCUUAUUUUUACUUUGACUUAUAUAAGAUGAUGGCAAAUAACAAUACUGACCCUGCUGUAUCAAACCAACUCUACUACCGUACUACCCUCCACACACUCUCCACAGCUACAUACAACUCUCACGCUCCAAACUCAAACCCACCAGUUUUUAAACUUCCUUUCAAACACUCAUCCAAUCACCAAUCAUUCCAAGCUUACUCUCUCCCUCUCCCAACCUAGCAUUUACCCUCAUAUACCGGUAGCUAAUAUACUUACCUACACAUUUCUCACAGAUGAUUUUACCUUAAUUACUCUAAUAUUAUUACAUAUACACACAAUUUUAUUUACGUAAGAAAAGCUAAACCACAUUAUUAAGCUCUCCUCUAAAAGCAAACUUACUACCCAAAUCUUUUUUGAGGAUUUGUUAAAAUCAUCAAAAUGAUUGCAAGGAAGAAAUAAUUCAAGUAGGUUAACUGUUUAAGUAUGAAAUGGUUGAUUGCAGUAAUAAAUGAUUUUUUGAAUUCUGAAAAUAUUAGGUAAUUUUUAAAUUUUAGUAACCGUAAAAACAUGAUUAGAACUUAUUAUGAUUUGCAAUUUCCUAAUAUUGUAAGCUAUUUCUUUUGCAUUUCAAUAAAGUAAGUUUGUCUAUCUAAUGACCUGCCAUUUAUCCUCAUUAAAUAAUACUAAACAAUACAUUUAUUAUGUUGCUAUUCCAUGUACCGGUAAUUCAAUAUGCUACCGUAUGUUUCCUAACAGCAUUUGGGCUAAGGUGCAGGAGAAGGCCCCUAAGUCUACGUUUGGGCCAGAGCCAAGGCUACUUUUGUUCAGCCCUGCAUCAUACAGUACUGUAGUUGUCUUUCUCGAAGUGGAAGGGUUAAAGUGGACUUUAGGACCCACCCACACUAGCUGCAAAGUAUAUAAGAGCAAUAGCUGAGCAUAACAGGAAGAGCCAGAAACUCCACUCUGUCCAAAGGUCACCCAGAAAGCAAGGUAUAAAACAAUGGCUUUGCUGGUAUAGCUACCUUUUCCCAGCUUCUCUCUUUAAAUAGGCAACAAGCCUCUUGCUAAGCCAGUGCAUGAAGGGAGCUCCCAACAAAUCUCUUUAUCAUUAUUUCCCGUCAUGUAGUAUCUGAGCUGCUGCUAGCCCUUCCCGGCUAGCUUUUAUUAGCCAGGAUGGGCAAGGGUCAAGGAGACAGGUGGUUGGUUUCACUCGUCCAAGCAGCCUGUCCACAUCCUCGGAGGUAACAGAUUGAUCCCAUGAAACAUGACUAGACAGGGCUCCAGCACUCAGACACCGUCCGUGGCCUCCUAACUUCCUCCUGAUCCUGCAUCCCUGAUGAGCCGUUUCUGCUUUUUCCAGCCUGUUGGAUGUUUCCAGUUUCCACUCUGGCAUGGCUGGGCUAACUACAGUCGUACCUCGGGUUACAACCACCUCGGUUUGCGAACAAUUCGGGGUACGAACUGCGCAAACCCGAAAGUGUUUUUGCCGCGCGUGCAUGCGUAGAAGCGGCGCGCGUGGUCUGCACAUGCGCAAAGCGCGAAAAUCACAAAAAUAGCACUUUGCGCAUGCGCAAAAUGGCGCUUCGGGUCGCGUUCGGGUUACGAACUUUUCGGGUUAUGAACUGCGAUCCGGAACGGAUCGUGUUAGUGUUCGUAACCCGAGGUAUUACUGUAUAGACACUACGGCAGUGUGACCUGUGUGCUGAACAGAUUAAAUGGCAGCAUGGGGACAGCUUGGUGUGGAAUGAGUGACUGCUGCUGGUGCAGUAGCUGCUGAACCCUCAUCCAUGCAUCCUUUUUUUCUUGAGUCACCACCUCGCUGCGCCUCUCAGCUGUUUUUUAUUUUAUUUUUAUUUUUUCUACUUUUUAUUUUUUUCUAUUUGAUAUUUCUGUUUUUUUCUAUUUUCUUUCUUUCUCUUUCUUUCUUUCUUUCUUUCUUUCUUUCUUUCUUUCUUUCUUUCUUUCUUUCUUUCUUUCUUUCUU